AUGAUCUCCCGACUACAGGAAGAGCCGGAGGAUGUCUUUGAUCCCAAGAUACACCUGGCAUGCGAGCUUCCAACAAAAUCAUUCACUUUCGAAGAUCUAAACCUACAACCGUCCGCUACAAGUACAAAGAUUGCAGCUACUCUGCCAUUUCCGAUCCUUUCAGCAGAGGGAGUCCGGGCCUACAGACGCUCUCUAUUCACAACAAAAGUUCUUCACAACUGUGCCGGAAGACCGGGCCCUGCCACCCUGACUCUUCGCAAUGCCGCAGAAUACUCGACCUUUAUUAAACAAUUCUGGACGCACCCCGAGACAACCCGACUGUUGUCAGAGGCAGCCGGAGUUCCCCUCCGGAUCGUGAUGCAAACUGAGAUAGGCCACACAAACAUCCAGACCAAGGGCGGUACCAUUGAAGAAAUGGUCUCUGAGCUCAGCGUCGAGCCACAAACCACAAAGGUGCCGUUAACGGACGAAGAUCGUGCUUACGACCCUCUUCAAGCUUCUACCAUCAUUCCCUGGCAUUAUGACUCCUAUCCCUAUGUCUGUGUCAUUAUGCUCAGCGACACGGAAGGCAUGCUCGGCGGUGAAACAUACAUCAAGACUGGCGACGGUGUACCCAUGAAGGUCGAAGGCCCAACUCUAGGCUACGGCGUGAUCCUGCAGGGCGGCCAAGUCGAACACCUCGCCGCUCGUUGCAUCGGUGUCACCGAACGCAUCUCGACCAUCACGUCCUUUUGCGCCGACGUCCCCCAGGUCUACGAUUCGAGCCACAUCACCAACGUUCGGUUCUACAGCGACCGGCCCGUGCUGUACAAGCAGUGGACGCAGUUCCGCCUCGAGAAGAUGAAACGUGAGAUCGAAACAUUUCUGGACGAGGUCUCGACCAGCCCGACGCUCCACGACGUCCGGCGCGUCCACGACUUCGCGGCCGACCAGGUGGCGUACAUCAAGCGGACGGCGCACCAGCUGAUCCCCCACGAGGACAUCGCCAACGUGUUUGAGACCUUUGGAGGGCCCGCCAUCCGUGACGCGAGGAACAUGUGGGCGCGAGCCGAGACGCGACCGGACUUCCGGGAGCGGGUCGCCUCGGUGACGCCGAGGACCUGGAUGCCCGGGAGUGACCUGUGGAUCGACCUCGUCGACACCAAGAUGGCCAUCGAAGCGGGAAAGACUAUCGAGUCGCAGCGCGGACGGUUCAAGUGGACCAGGGACCGACCGUUCCUCAUGGGCGACGAACUCUUGCGGCAAGGGUUGCCCGAGGUGUUUUUGUCCUGGCUUCACGCGACGGGUUUGCCUGUCACGGUCGAAUGAAUCAUGUCUCUUUUCUUGACGAGUCUACUUGCUCAGGGACUCAUUGAUUGACUGUUCUUCGGAUUCUUCGAAGGGUUGGGGAUCAUUCCGAGUUCUUUCAGUUUCGAAUCGCGGAGGAAGAGCGUUCUUGACUUUAGGUAACAUUUGAC